CCAACCUCCGGAGCUGGGAAGAGAGUCAAGAUGGCGGCGAAAUCCGAUGGCGGUGGCGUGGGGGUGGGCUUCGCCCAGCUGCACAACCUGGACGAGGCGGUGGGCAGCGGCGAGGAGGACGGGGAGCCCGGGGGAGGCGGCUGCGGCGGCGGCGACGGCAGCGAGCCCGGCGAGAGCAGCUCGCUGCACAUCUGCCACUGCUGCAACACCUCCUCGUGCUACUGGGGCUGCCGCUCCGCCUGCCUGCGCUCGCUGCUGGGCAAGAAGCCGCGCCGCAGCGCCGCCGCCGCCGACGGGGACCAGCCUCUGCAGCCGCCCGGGGCCGCCGGCCGCCACCCCCCGACGCCCUCGGCCGGCCGACCGCAGCCCGCGUCGCCGCAGGUGGAGCGGCCGUGGCUCGACUGCCUGUGGAUCGUGCUAGCGCUGCUGGUGUUCUUCGGGGACGUGGGUACCGACCUGUGGCUGGCCCUCGACUACUACCGCAAGGGGGACUACGGCUGCUUCGGGCUGACCCUGUUCUUCGUGCUGGUGCCGUCGCUGCUGGUGCAGAGCCUGAGCUUCCGCUGGUUCGUGCAGGACUACACGGGCGGCGGGCUGGGCGCCGUGGAGGGGCUCAGCAGCCGGGGACCCCCAAUGAUGGGGGCCGGCUACGGCCACGGCGCGGCCCGCGGCGGCCCGGGUGCGGGGGGCUCGGCCACCCCGGGGGCGCAGCGUCUGUGCCGCCUCUCCGUGUGGAUCUGGCAGUCGGUCAUCCACCUGCUGCAGAUGGGGCAGGUGUGGAGGUAUAUCCGCACCAUGUACCUAGGGAUCCAGAGCCAGCGGCAGAAGGAACACCAGCGGCGUUUCUACUGGGCUAUGAUGUACGAAUAUGCGGAUGUCAACAUGCUGCGCCUCCUGGAGACCUUUCUGGAGAGCGCCCCCCAACUGGUGCUACAGCUCUGCAUAAUGAUCCAGAAGAACAGCGCAGAGACGCUGCCCUGUGUCUCCUCUGUGACUUCCCUGAUGUCCCUGGCUUGGGUGCUAGCCUCCUAUCACAAGCUGCUGCGGGACUCCAGGGACGACAAGAAGAGCAUGAGUUACAGAGGGGCCCUCAUCCACCUCUUCUGGCGCCUCUUCACCAUCUCAUCCCGAGUUAUCUCUUUCGCCCUCUUUGCUUCCAUCUUCCAGCUGUAUUUCGGGAUCUUCGUGGUAGUGCAUUGGUGCGCCAUGGCCUUCUGGAUCAUCCAUGGAGGGACAGACUUCUGCAUGUCCAAGUGGGAGGAGAUCCUCUUCAACAUGGUGGUAGGGAUCGUGUACAUUUUCUGCUGGUUUAACGUCAAGGAAGGGCGGACUCGAUACCGAAUGUUCGCAUACUAUACGAUAGUCUUGACCGAGAAUGCUGCCUUGACGUUCCUUUGGUAUUUUUACAGAAACCCGGAGAGCACUGACUCCUAUGCCGUUCCAGCACUGUGUUGUGUCUUCGUUAGCUUUGUGGCUGGGAUUGCGCUCAUGCUCUUAUACUAUGGCGUGUUGCAUCCCAUGGGGCCGCGGGCUAAGGUCUUUGCCAGCUCCUGUUGUGCCGAGCUGCUCUGGGGCAUCCCUUUGCCCCCCGAUGUUGAGCCCAUGGCACCUCAGACCCCUGGGUACCGGGGAACCCAGGUCACUCCCACCAGAGCCGUGACGGAACAGCAGGAGGACCUCACGGCUGAUACCUGCCUGCCUGUAUUCCAAGUGAGACCCAUGGGGCCCUCCACCCCGUCAGGGCGUCCUUACCACCCAGAAGGGCCCCUGAUUAAGAUUGACAUGCCAAGAAAGCGGUACCCAGCCUGGGAUGCGCACUUUGUAGACAGGAGGCUGCGGAGGACUAUUAACAUCCUGCAGUACGUCACCCCCACCGCAGUGGGCAUUCGCUACCGAGAUGGGCCUCUGCUCUAUGAGCUGCUGCAGUAUGAGUCUUCACUCUAGAACACCUUGACCCAGAUUGAGAAGGGGACCUUAAGUUUGGUUGCGGUCAACGCCGCCUGCAAGAAAUAUAACCCUCCCUUCCCCCAAUACACAGAACCACCACCACCACCGCCACCACCACCAACACCACCACCACCAACACUACAAAACGAUCAAUAAGUCACAUCCCCUUCAGAUAAGCUUUCUUUCCAGUCACUAUAUGUACACAAAGAUAUUCUCUAUGUUUUGUAAGUAAAAACAAAAAGAAAACCUUUCUUUUGUUUUUUACACAUAAGAAACAGUAUUGAAAAAAAAAAUAAUAAUCCCACACUACAGUUCCUAGGGUGGAGAAGGGGGAGCUACCUCCUCUCCGAAAGAAACAAAAAAAGUUUUCUACUUUACACCAAGUGUAGAUCAUUUAUGGGAUUGGUGCUGAUUGAGAGAACAAAACAAAACAAACAAAACAAAACAACAAACAAAAACCUUCAACUGCCUUAUGCCCUUAGGUGCUGAGUUUCGUUCGGUACUGUCAUGUUUUCUCACUCAAAGAAGCUCUCUGGUAACUUUUGCACCAGGAGAGAAAAAAAUCAAAUAAUCAAAUGAAACAAAAUCUACCAACAAAGCAACCGAAUUAAAACAACAACCAGAUACCAAACCAAAACAGCCCUUCCUAUCUAAUGAUUUGUAUUGAAAACAAACAAACAAACAAACAAACAAAUGAAUUGACCAAAAGCAACGGCAUAGAAGCCCCUCUCUUUAUUCAGUCUCUCUGGCCCCUUCCCCAUUUUUUGCAAAGCCUUCCAGAAGCUAAAGGGCUACUUGGAUCUCCACUGGCCGGAAAAGCUACUCGAAGGCUGACUAUGUGCCAUUUUUACAUUUGCCUAGCAAGAAUUGCAUUGUUUUCCCAUAAAGACAAAAACAAGAAUGAAACCCCCAAACACCCAAUUUGGUAAAUUCUAAAAGCAGAUCAAAGGAAAUGUCCAUAAACACCAUCAAAGAGAAUCCGUAAUGAUAAAACUCAGCAUGGGAGCAAAAAGAAUGACAUCAGUUCAAAGGCACAAUACUGAGUCCGUGACUGGUGACAAUGAUCUCUUCCAUCACUUUAAGGCUGAGAAGGGUGUGUGUGUGUCACGUGUGACAGUGUGGGAGGCCUCUUCUCUUUUCAUUUGGUGGGAAGCCUUAAAUUGAUCUGGAAAGGAUUUUUCAUUUUUCAUUUGUGCUUUUGAAAAAAAAACAUAAAGAGGAACACUAGAAUAUCUAUCUAUCUAUAUAUAUAUAUAAAAAAAAAAGUCAAAUCGUAUUAACCAACCCAUUUCACAGACUGGUGCUUCUGUCAAUGUGGUUGGCUGAGACUCAUUCAGCCUGGUGCAUUUGGGGUGAGUGGACUCUGUGUGUGUGUGUGUGUGUGUGUGUGUGUGUGUGUGUGUGUGUGUGUACACCUGCUGCAAGGUCUUGCCAGAAAUACACAAAAUUGCUCUGAGGCAGCUGCUGUGGUAACUGGGAGAGGGAAUGGUGAGGGGCUGGAUUGAGAGGUGGAGUGAGUGGCAUCUGGGUGUGGUCAUCCACCUGGAGAGCAAGUCCCCACCCAGCAACAGAGGCUGUUCUUUCAGGCCCUGUGGCUUCGGGGAGGAUUUGAAUCCACUGUUUAUGUUCUCACUAUACCAAGGUGAAUUUCUGGAGGUGUCACAAGUAUGUCUGACCAUUUGUAAAAAAUUUACAUUUGUUUUUUAGAAGGUACUGUUCCUUUCAAGAGUAUUUCUGUUUUAGGGUAUUAUUUUGAUACCAUUCUAUCUCUACUUGGGCAUACAAAAAAAUUAAAAGAAAAAGAAAAAAGAAAAUUAACCAUAAAAAGAAAAAUAUCUCCGCAAAAGAUAUAUAUGUGUAAAUAUAUAUAUAUCUAUAUAUACAUACACAGUAUUUUUAAGUCCACACUGUUAGUCUUUGUCGUCUGUGGGUGUGAUUGCUUUUUAAUUCUGGAUGUAACUGUUCAGGGUGCAAGACCUCACACUGAGCUAUACUUAAGAGAAGUUUAAAAACUGAGGAAUUUUUUUUUACGUUUGAUGAAUUUUUAAAAUUUUCUUUUAAAUAACUAUUCAAAAGAAGUCCCUUCUUGUCACCCCUCCAUGGUUUAUCCCAAUCUUCUCCCCCACCCUUAAACCUUUAAACAUAUAUUAGAUGUGAAACUAAAUGCUCCCUCCUUUGUCCCACCCCCUUAUCUCAUGUGUUACCACAACUCUGCAGGCCCUCCCUAAUCUGGGGUCUGGGGGGGGGGUGCGCCUACCUGGUCCCUGCUCUGGGAAGCAGGAUACAACAGAGCACACUUGGGCUGAGGUGAAGACCAGCUGGGCUGCCUCUGCCUGGCAGGGAGCGAGCCAGGGAAGGAGGGAAUGGCUUGAGAGGGCAGUGACCCAAGGGGGCUCCCUACAGGACCUGUUCACUCUGUCUUUCUGCACCUGCUGGGGCUCUGUCCCCAAGCUCCAGCCCAUGCUCUGCUCAGCCUGGGGAAGAAGAGUCCAUUUGUGGGGUGGCAGGGCAUUCCUUUGGCCAGCUUCGAUCCCAGCUCUUGUGUGUCCCAGGUCCGGGUCUCUGUGUGCCACUGUAAUGGCUUCCUUGACGCUGUGCAGUGCCACACGUGUGCUCCGGCCCUCUGCCACGACAUUUGUUUGUCUAGUCUUAGACGUGUCCCCAUUGUUUUCUCUCGCUCUUCGAUCCCACCGUUGGCUUCAGUCUGCCGCCUCUGUGUGACCGCUCUAUCUUUAGCGCACCUGCUUAAGCACACGUGUUCAGGUUUACAUGAAACUUAGACGUUGUGGGUGUUGGCUGGGGGGCAUCCAGAGUUGGGAAAACAGUUUCUGCAAGCCUCCUCUCCACCCACCCACCCCCAAGCUUGGGUGGAUCUACCUUGGGAAUCUUCAGGUCUCUCAAGGACAUGAGAGGGGAAGUUAAGGGGAUCGAAACCCAUCAAACCUGCUCCCAUUGACUCCUUUGCCCCAGAAUUUCUGAUCUCGCAAACACAGUCUGUCUCUACAAAGUGGCUCCCUGCAGGUCAGACUUGUCUCAUAAUUGGAACCAGGGAUGUUACGAGGAAUACACAAAGCCCAAGUAGAUUGGGGGCCAGGAGACAGCAGGCUCCAUCUUCCCUAUAAGUGUCCUAAUCAAGGGAAGAGACAUCCCCCCAUGGCCUGGAGGACUCUGUAUCCUACUCCAUAGACACAGAAUCACCCAAUUCUUUGUGGCCCCCGUGGCCUCUCAACAGCAGUGGCCCCUGGGUGGCUAAAAGAGGGCAGAUCCUGUCUGGUGCCAAGGACAACUGUCCUGGUCAUAUGCCUUCCAUGCUACAGGCUUCAGACCAAUACAAAUCCAAUUCUCAGAAAAGCAUACCGGUAUUUUUAAAGGCACCAAGUCACAUCACUUUCUCCAUUCUUGCUCCAGCCUGACCUGUUGUUACCACCCAGAUGUUGGUCUCCUCCCGAGAGGCUCCAGGAAGGUCAGGUGCCCCUUCUUUACUCAUAUCUGAGCUCCCUCUGCAAUUCCUCAUGUCCCUAAAAGAACUCAUGACUUCUUUCCCCCUUGUCUAUUCUGUGCCUCACUACCUGGCCUUGAUGCUUCUGGGCCUGAGGACAAUUUUUCUACCCAUUACUUUGGAGCAGAGCAAGAUGGCUGCUGCGUGCAGGUUUGGGUCCCUGGUGUAGAGAAGGAGUCUAGGUGAGAAUAAGGUUAGGGUGUAUCCAGUACUCUGCAGUGCUAAGUCUUGGGCCAGGUGCUUGUGGGUGGUCAUCUUGCAUCUGUUUGUACAGCAAUUGGCAAAUUCUAAAAUAGCCACACCAGAUUUGGCUGUAAAGGGAAGAGAGGUCAGUGUAAUUCCAAGGAUCCAAGUAGCACUUGGAAAACUGCCAGGGAAAUCUCAGCAUGCCCCAGGGAAUCCUGGGAAAGACAAUCCAUAGGAGAAGGAGAGGACUCUGAGGAGUCAACUUCCCCAAGUACCCAACCAGCCUCCCAGGGAGCAGUUCUAGGCACUGCAGAUCAAACACCUGCCGAUUCCUGGGCUCCACUCUUCUCGAGACACAACAUUGUUUCCUGCAGGAAGGAAGCUAGGCUCAGCCUUUGGUCCUUUCACCGAGGUGCAGCUGGACCUGAGGUGGGCAUGAUGUCCUUACCCUAUCUCCUCUUCUCAAACUGAGCUCUGUCUCAGUUUGGGCAGCCUUCCUUUCACAUCUACAGCCCAGCCUCUGGAAGUUGGCAUUGGUCAUGGUUAUCCAACCACAGGCCACAGCCUUAUCAGCUCAUAAGAGCAUCCUAAGUCAACAUGUGCCUGUCUCAACUUUGAAAUGUAUAACAAUGUAAAAGGCAAGCCCGUUUUCUUAUAGAGCUUCUCUAAGCCUUUCCCUGAGGGAAAGGAAGAUGUAGUGACAAAGUUUGCCUCUCCCUCCCCAUCUCUGGCUGUUCUAAAGGUUUCUGUUCUCACUUCGAAUGCUGCAUCUGUUGCUACUGGCUGAAUAUCAGAAGAUAUUGACUUGACCUAGUCCCAGCUUUCUCCUCUGCCCACAUGGCUCUUUCUGCCUUACUCAGCUCCCAUGCAUCGUCUUCUUUCUCUCUGUCCCUUUCUGUGCAGUGACUGGCAGGACACAGCAGGAGUGUUCUGGAGCCAAAGGUCAUGAGUGCUAUUAAGGAUGGCUCCAGAGCAGCAGACAGACUGCCUCUCCAGGAGAUUCUCCUUCUCCAAGCCAGCACCUGUGUCAAGGGCUAAGAAUAGACCACAGGGACAGGAGCAGGCAGCAUCUAGGGAUGCCCAUUGCAUGAAGAAAAAUGUGAAUGCCCAAGUAGGAGAUGCUGUCCUGGCUGGUCCCCAGCAGGAGUCCCUAUCCCCCUCCUCAAACUGAAGUCAGCCCACAAUCUAUGUUCCAACCUUCUGGGAGGGUAGCUUCUAGAACAUCACCCUCCAGUCGAGGGAGAAAAGAUAUUUAUGACUUCUCUUUUGGUACAGUGCUGGCUGGUAACUGGGAGAGCACCUGUCUCUAAGUAACCUUUGGCCAUCUGUCACUGCGGAUACAGACCAGCAGUCAGCCAUCCGACUCUGGUCCAUCCUCAAUGUAGCCCUGGGGCCCUCAGGCUUGGAGACUUGUUUUAGCUUCACACUUCCUAGGUGCUCUGCCUAAAGCCAGAAA